AUGGUUGGAGGGUUAGUUGGAGAUAACAUAGGAUUGAAUGAAGAGGUUAUCAAGAAGUCAUGUAGUUUGUCUUUCAAAGCUCACAAGUCACCAAAGGAACCUUAUCUUUCUGAAAAUUUUAAGACAUCCUCGGACUCAGCAGCAUAUCUUGUUAUAAGCUUUCCUGGAUCGUGGGUGGAAACUGACUGGUUUGUUACAAAACCUGUUGGAGAAACUAAGAUAGAUCUUGGUCACUUUCCUUUACUUAAAAGUGUUGGCAAUGAUGAAAUUGCUUUGGUAAACCAAGCUUUCUUAAACAGAUUCGACAGCUUAUUCAAAUUUUCCUCAAUUAUAUCCGAGGUGAAGAGAGGUGUGGCAGAAGGGAAGCAAGUAGUGUUUACAGGUCACUCUUCAGGGGCUGUUUUGGCCAUUCUUGCAACAUUUUGGGCCUUGGAAGAGAAUUUUAACCAAAUUCAGCACAAGUCACCCAUGUGUGUCACUUUUGGUUCUCCUUUGGUUGGUAAUCAUAUACUCUCUCAUGCUUCAAACCGACAAAACUGGUCUCGUCGCUUCGUGCACUUUGUCAUGAGAUAUGACAUAGUGCCAAGGAUUUUUCUUGCUCCUUUCUCUUGUAUUGAAAAACUUUUCAGUCCUGUUCUUCAGCUUUUGACUCCUGACGACAACAACUUCAAAUGUCAGGAUUCAAUAAGAGACAGUGUGAGUUCUGAAUUUUACUCCACUGUGAUGAGGAAUGCAGCAACUGUUACAAGGCAUGUUGCUUGUAAGCUAAUGGGAAGCACAAAUUUGUUGCUCGAAACUAUGACAAAUUUUGUCGAGUUAAGCCCUUAUAGACCCUUUGGAACUUACAUUUUCUGCAAUGGUAAUGGCCAGUUGAUUGUAGUAAAUAACUCGAACGCCGUUUUACAACUCAUGUUUCAUAUUGCUCAGCUAAAAGAUUUGACACAACUUUCUGAAGUUGCCAACAAAAGCAUAUUGCAACAUCUAGCCUAUGAAGCUGAAUUAGAGGAGAGUUUGGGAAUGCAAAAUGUGGUGUACUUAAACAAACUUGAUGACCUUCCCUUGUCUUCUGGUGAUGUUCCUAAUACCGAUAUUGCAGCCGCCUUGGAUAGCCUUGGACUGAGCGUAAGAGCACGGCUGUGCCUUAGAGCAGCGGGUGAGUUAGAAAAGCAAAAAGAAAGAAAUGAGGAGAAAAUAAAAAAGGAGGUUCAAGAAAAGGCUGUGGCAAGCAUGAGGUAUUUGGAAGAGUACAAAGCAACAUGUGAGAUAAACAAGGGAAAAGGUUAUUACGAUGCCUUCAAGGUGCAAAAGGAGACAAAGGAUUUUCAAGCCAACGUGAAGAGGCUAGUGCUUGCAGGAGUAUGGGAUGAGAUCAUUGAAAUGCUGAAGAGGUAUGAACUGCCAGACGAAUUUGAAGGAAAAAAAGAAUGGAUUGAACUUGGAACCAGGUUCCGUCGUCUUGUUGAGCCUCUAGAUAUUGCGAAUUAUUACCGUCAUUUGAAGAAUGAGGACACGGGUCCUUACAUGAACAAGGGUAGGCCAAAGAGGUAUAAGUACACUCAGAGAUGGUUGGAACAUGCUAACAGGCUGCCAAAAGAAGAUAUCACAGAAUCCAGUUUUUGGGCUGAGGUGGAGGAGCUUUGCAGCUGGAUUAGUAACAAUAAACCUUUUGAAGAUGUCAAGGAAAGGGUUCUCAAACUUGAGCAUGAUAUCAAAAAGUGGACUGAUAAAAGAGACCUAACCAAUGAUGUGUUCUCAAAGGAUCCUACUUUUAUGAAGUUAUGGGAAACUCUACCUCAUGAACACAAAUCUACAUCCUGGAUCUCUACUCUCUUUACUGUUAAAGGAUAA